AUGUCCAUCGUUACGAUCCGGAAUGUCGAGUUCCUGAACAACCCCGCCCGCUUCCUCGACCCAUACCACUUCCGGGUCACAUUCGAGUGCAUAGCUCCCCUACCAGAAGAUCUCGAAUGGCGCCUCAUCUACGUCGCCUCCCCGGGCAACGAGGAGCUCGACCAAGAGCUCGACGACUGCCUCGUCGGGCCCGUCCCCGCUGGCGUGAACGCGUUCGAGUUCGAAGGCUCCGCCCCCAACCCAUCCAAGAUCCCGCCAGAGGACGCGCUUGGGGUCGCCGCGCUGAUCCUCACUGGGUCGUACAAGGAGCAGGAGUUCGUGCGCGUCGGCUACUACCAGAACACGGAGUACGACAACGAGGAGAUGAAGGAGGCGCUGCCGGAGCCUAUCCGCUUUGAGCGCCUUGUGCGCGAUAUCAACCAGAAGCCGAGGGUGACGCGCUUCCAGAUCAAGUGGGAUAUUGCACCCCCACAACCUAAGUCUACGGUGGCUACGGGUGCGGCGAACUCCGCCGCGGUACCAUCUGCGGACGACCUCGCUGAUGACGACGACGACGAAGACGACGAUGCAGAGCCCUCUCCUAACGGCAAGCCUGCAUCAUGACCAUCCCGACCCUAUCCUCCUCUACGUCUGUUUGCUCGUUUGUCGCACAGUAUCGCUAUCCACCCUUGUAGCUCACU